UUAAGACCCAGAUAGGAGGAGUAGGCUGAUAACCUGAUACCGCUCCUCUCCCUCGGGCCUCAGUCCCUCUUUCUCUCUAGAUCGAUCGGCGGAGACUUGCAAAAUGGCCCUUCUCGCGGCGACGAUCCCUUCCGAGGUUGGACUGCGGCUGCUGUUUUGCCCACUUACUUCUAACAUUGUUACUAGGACAGCUUGCUGCACAAUAGGGAUUGGCUUGCCAUUGUACUCUACUUUCAAGGCAAUAGAGAAUAAAAACCAGAAUGAACGAGAAAAAUGGCUUUUGUAUUGGGCAGUGUAUGGAUCAUUUAGCCUUGUUGAAGUCGUCUCUGACCAGGUUCUUUAUUGGUGUCCAUUCUACUACCAAAUUAAGUUUGCGUGCCUUGUUUGGCUCCAGUUUCCAUCGUGUCAUGGUUCAAAAUAUUUGUAUGCAAGAUACCUUCGACCAUUCUUACAGAAACGUCAAGAUACACUUGAUCACCUACUGAAUUCCUUGUCCCAUGAAAUUGAGAAGUUCAUUAGCAACCAUCAACAAGAAAUUCAAUUCACAAAGGCUAUGGCAGUGAGAUGCGCAAUCACAGCAAACAAGGUUUUGAAGGAUAUCAUCAGUCCAGCGCACAUCCACGAACCAGGCAAUGCUGAGUCUCGAAAUGCACAAACGGGUCUGCAGAGUCAAGAUUUAGUCCCCAACUCCGAUUCUGAAUUGGAGGCCGAAAACUGAAGCCUACCACUGGGUGAAUUUCCAUUUAGAUUAGUGUUUAGUUAGAAUAAUUAGAAUAAAUUUUUUUAUGCUUUAUCGAUGUUUCUCCUGUUCAUAUUUCACUUGGGUAGUGAAUUUUGGUGGCUUUGCAACAAGUUUAUGGUUUAAAUGGUCUGACUACUGAAGCA